CGAGCUCCGCCGCCGCACCGCCGCCACCGCCGCCACCGCCGCCUGGGAGCCGAGCCGGGCCGGGCCGCCACCAUGCUGAGCCGGCUCGGGGCGCUGCUGCAGGAGGCCGUGGGGGCGCGGGAGCCCAGCAUUGACCUGCUGGAGGCCUUCGUGGAGCACUGGAAGGGCAUCACACACUACUACAUUGAAAGUACAGAUGAAAACACCCCCGCCAAGAAAACGGAUAUCCCCUGGCGGCUGAAGCAGAUGCUGGACAUCCUGGUGUAUGAGGAGAGGCAGCAGACGGCAGCUGGCGAGGCUGGGCCCUGUCUGGAGUACCUACUGCAGCACAAAAUCCUGGAGACCCUGUGCACACUGGGCAAGGCUGAGUACCCCCCAGGGAUGCGACAGCAGGUGUUCCUGUUCUUCAGCAAGGUUCUGGCCCAGGUGCAGCACCCGCUCCUGCAUUACCUCAACGUCCACAAGCCUGUGCAGAAGCUUCUCCGACUUGGUGGGACAGUUCCUGGAUCCCAAACAGAAAAGGAGGAGGUACAGUUCACCACCGUGCUCUGCUCCAAGAUCCAACAGGACCCAGCCCUGCUCACCUACAUCCUGGAAGGCAAAAAGAUGGUCAGUAGGAAGAAGUCAUCCAAAGAGCCCACCAUCCUGCCUAGAGAGGCCGCCAGUGUGCAGGACAAGGACCACUCCUGCAGCAAGGCUCCUGACAUGAGUCUGUGCAGGGCCCGGGCCUUGAGCUCACAGCUGCCUGCUGAGACAGAGGAGCCAGAAGGAGCGGUUGGAGAAAGCAACCUCAUCACCGCCCUGAUCGGGCUGUGCAAGAGCAAGAAAGGUCGGGUGGCUCUGAAGGCGCAGGAGAACCUGCUGCUCCUGGUAAGUGUGGCUUGGCCUGCCGCUGCCACCUACCUGGUGCAGAGCAGCCCUUGUUGCCGUGUUGUCGCCGAGCACCUCUGCCAGCUAUACCAGUCCCUGCCCCCUUUCCUGGACCCAGCGGACAUUGCUGCACUAGAGGGCAUCAGCUGGAGGUUGCCCAGUGCCCCAUCUGAUGAAGCUUCCUUCCCUGGCAAGGAGGCCUUGGCUGCCUUUUUGGGCUGGUUUGAUUACUGUGACCACCUCAUCACAGAGGCACAUACGGUGGUUGCCGAGGCCUUGGCAAAGGCUGUGGCUGAGAAGUUUUUCGUGGAGAUUCUGCAACCCCACCUCCUGCAUGUCUCUGAGCAGAGUGUCCUGACCUCCACCGCCUUGCUCACGGCCAUGCUGCGUCAGCUCCGCUCCCCUGUGCUGCUGCGAGAGGCUGUGGCUUUCCUCCUGGGCACAGACCCACAGCCUGCAGCCCCUGACGACGGCCCCCGCACUCUGUGUGCUCACCUCAUCGGGCACUGCGACCACCUCUCGGACGAGAUCAGCAUCACCACCCUACGGUUAUUUGAGGAGCUGCUGCAGAAGCCGCACGAGCAGGUCAUCCAUGGCCUGGUCCUGUGCAACCUGGAGGGCCGCCAUUAUGUGGCCCGGGGCUCACCUGAGCCCGAGAGCUACGAGGACACCCUAGAUCUGGAGGAAGACCCCUACUUCACAGACGGCUUCCUCAACUCCAGCUUUCAGCCCUCCACAAAGCCUCCCCCAGCCCCUGCCACCAACUCGGAUGGCAAAACAGCAGUGACUGAGAUCGUCAACAGUUUCCUCUGCCUGGUUCCUGAGGAAGCCAAGACCUCAGCUUUCUUAGAAGAGACCGGAUAUGACACAUACGUCCACGAUGCUUAUGGACUGUUCCAGGAGUGCAGCUCCCGAGUUGCCCCUUGGGGCUGGCCCCUGGGCCCCACACCCCUGGACCCUCAUGAGCCUGAACGGCCUUUCUUUGAGGGUCACUUCCUCCGAAUGCUGUUUGACCGCAUGUCCCGGAUUUUGGAACAGCCAUACAGCCUGAACCUGCAAGUGACCUCAGUCCUGUCCCGGCUUGCCCUCUUCCCCCACCCCCUUAUCCACGAGUACCUCCUGGAUCCCUACAUCAACCUGGCCCCUGGCUGCAGGAGUCUGUUCUCUGUGCUCGUCAGGGUGAUCGGGGACUUGAUGCAGAGAAUUCAGAGGGUACCCCAGUUCUCGGGCAAACUGCUCCUGGUGCGCAAGCAGCUGAUGGGUCAGGUCCCUGGGGAGCAGAACACACAGGCGGCGCCAGGCAUUACCUCACAGCGGGACUGCAGCUGCUGGCUUCGCUCCUGGGCAAGGAGGAGCAGGCCAGAGCCCCUUUCGCUUCCUUUUCCUGCCUGUGCCGCUUCUAGAAGCCAGCCGCAGGUUGCCAGGAGGUGACAUGGAAGAGGAGGAACUCGGUGACCUCUCCCUCUCCUGCAUUCCUCCAAGCUGGGGAGGACGCGGCCGUGGCUCUGAAGGACACCGUGCGUGUGUGUGCAUGUGUGUUUGCACACGUGGGUGUUGGCAUGGGACGGGAGAGCACAGCUCACAGGGCACACUGGGUCUGAACUCCUCAAGUCCGAAAACGGCUGAGCAUCCGGUCCCGGAUACUCCCCUCCUCCCUCCCCUUCAGCAUUUGCCCUUGUGUCCCCCUGAGACGUGCCCCCAGACGACACAGCAAUAAAAGGUUUGCAUAGACACA